CCAUUGCUCUUAAUGUAUGACUCAUUUCAAACAUUUUUUUAUAGUCAAAAUCGCUGAAUUUGCUCAUUUCCUGUUCAAAUAACGAAAUGAAACGAGAGGUGCGGCAGCAACUAGUAAAGCCUCACCUCUGAUUGCGCAAUCCAUAACAAACUGGGUUGAUACAUGGAAUUGGAGCAUGCUGGUUGCCGUACAUCUGCAUGUCGCCAUUAUAAUGUUUCCAGAUACGUUUAUUUGACCUGAUUUUCCACAGUCUGGCUAAUGUCUUUAACCCUUAAAGUUUAAUGUUUGUUAGCAACGUAUUUAGUUUUGCUGAUGGGAAAUAAAACCGCAGUGAAAAGGCACAGGUUGCGGCAGAUAGUACGCUGCCGCACAGAAAGGGGGCGAACGUGAGCCAACAGGUAAUGGCGCCAGGCGAAUCAAGUGCACUGCGGCGAGCCGUUUUGUAUUGUUUACUACGUCGACAUCGGACUCCCAAAAUGGAAGAGGAUUAUAUAUCCAAACUUUAAAAAUUCUCAAAACUGGACUUUCAGUCAAAAGUGGACCUGAUUAACAGAGGAAGACCAACGCCGGAGCUAAAAGGUUUGCUUCAAACUACGGGACAGUCUAAGAUAACUCGCUCUUUUCAAACGGAGUGGUACACCCGAAAAGACUGGCUGUGUGGCUGUCCUUCGAAAAACUGCCUUUACUGCUUCCCAUGCCUUUUGUUCUCAACUUGUGCCAAUGUCUGGACUAACACGGGAUAUUGUGACAUGAAAAAUUUACCACGAAGUCUCAGCAAACAUGAGAGAUCGUACACUCACAUUCAAAGCCAGACUGCUUUAAAAUUUUUUGGAAGCUCAAGGAUCGAUUUGGCUUUGAACGAACAGCGGCGGCUCAACGUUAGCACCCACAAUGCUAGGGUAAAGGAGAACCGUGAGAUUUUGAAAGACCUCAUUAAUGCAACCUGCUUCUUAGCUAAGCAGGAGUUAGCAUUUCGUGGUAACGAUGAGAGGGCAAGCUCUACUAAUCGUGGCAAUUAUGUCGAACUUUUAUACGCUUUUGCUGAGAAAGAUGAGAGGUUAGCUAGACAUUUGGACACAUCCACUGUGUUUUCUGGCUUGUCAAAUAGAAUACAGAACGAUCUAAUUGAAGCAAUCGGUGAUGUGAUACAGUCGGAAUAGGACCGAUUCAGGACAACUUUCCUCCCUGGCGAUCAUCUCCAUUGAGGCGGAGAGACUUUUAAAACUAAAGGAAAAUAAGGAGGACUUUUACAACAAAGUAACUGAGGUUUUUGUGGCGAAGGGCAGGCGCAUGGACUUCAUCUACAAAUAAAGAUGUGACAGGCACCGCACACGCAUGCAGGAAACCUCCUCCGAUUUUUCCCCUCCUCCUCCUGGAUGCACCGACGCCGUGUUGCAGCCUCAAUACAUCAUCCGGUGCACUAACAUGGGACAACUCGAUGCAUCGGAUUUGGAUUAGUGCACAGGCGACGUGUUCACGCAGAAACGGACGGCUUUACAAUACAUUGAAAAACUCUCGGGUUGACUGCAUUAAUUUUGGAUGAACGAUGUGCUGCAACACUGGAUUUUCACGGUUACUUUCCAUGCACAUUCUUCUCUUCCUUACAGUCCUUCCUCUGGUCUCCUCCUUCUCACGACCUCAGUGGAUUCUUCAGCGUGUCCCAGUGGUUCUCCCACAGCAAAGCGAAAGCCGCCCGGCCCCACGCUUCCUGUCUCAAGCACGCCUUGACGUCACCUCCCCGUGUGGCCCGGAAUGCCACAAAAAGGCACCUCGGCCCAACUACUGGGACCUGCGGGAAUUUCUGGCCUAUGAGACUCUUCACGCCAACGGUCAGCUCACAGAGACUGCCAUCGGGAUCUACGGUUAUAACCUGGGGUCCAACAAGAGCCCCGCUUACUCCUUUGGGCCUACUGGGAAAGGCAAACAGUCACACGUCAGACGAAAGCGUCAGAUCUUUGGUCACGAUGGACGUUACAGUAUUGCGGGGCAGCACUUUGUGCUGAAAUAUCCUUUCUCAGUAGCUGUCAAACUGUCCACUGGGUGUUCUGGAACGUUGGUUGGGGAUCGGCACGUUCUAACGGCCGCUCAUUGUGUUCACGAUGGUAAAAACUACGUCAAAGGUGCCCAAAGGCUCAGAGUGGGCUUUCUCAAACCCAAACGAGACUCCCAGUCUUCCAUUUCAAACUUGACCAACUACGUCGAGGGCAGUCCAAACGAGGCCCCGAUCGUGUCUGAGAAAAUGAAGUUCCAGUGGAUUCGAGCUAAGCGCACACACGUACCCAAAGGAUGGAUUAAAGGCAACGCCAACGACAUCGGCAUGGAUUACGACUACGCCCUAUUAGAACUGAAGAAAGCACACAAGCGACGUCACAUGAAGUUAGGCGUGAGCCCUCCUUCUCAGAGGCUGCCCGGGCGUCGCGUGCAUUUCUCCGGGUUCGACAAUGACCGUCCGGGACAGCUGGUGUACCGUUUCUGCCGGGCCGGAGAAGAGACGUCAGAUCUGCUCUACCAGCACUGCGACGCCCAGCCCGGGGCAAGCGGGUCAGGGGUCUACGCCCGGAUGUGGGAUAUACGCCGUCGGCGCUGGGAGAGGAAGGUGAUAGGAGUGUUUUCCGGGCACCAAUGGGUGGAGCGGCAAGGGGCUUCCCAGGAAUUUAAUGUCGCUGUUAGAAUCACUCCUCUGAAGUAUGCUCAGAUCUGCUACUGGAUAAAAGGCAACUUUGUAGACUGUCGAGAAGGUUGAGGGAGGACGUUGGCCUGACAAAAGCAUUCACAGCUCCCCAAGGGUCAACUUUCAAAUACAUAAUUAGUAGCGAAAACCUGAAAACGGCUACAUGUUCUUAGGAAUUGAUGCCCCAAUAAAGUUGUACUACCAUUUUAAUAUGUAACAAAGUCUACUUACUUCCUAAACACAUAGUAGAGGACCCAAUUGCAUUUGCUUCCUUGUGCAAUUAAAGGGUUGCCUUGAGAUAAGAGUGACUCGACUUUCAAGAUUUGCUAGCAAAAAUUUGACAUACGAGUAUUUGUUAAUGCCACUCAAGUUUCCUGCCAAAAUAAACCGAAUUACACAUUUAUUUACAACAACCCCAUAGCUUUGUCUGAGGUCUCCUUGUUUUAACUCACUGGCUGCCAUUGACAUCUGGAUGUCCAAUCCAUUUUUUACAGGGAAAUCUGGCAGCAAAUGGCCAAGUCAAAAUGGAUGUGAUAUCACUAUUGUUGGCAACCAAUGUGUUAUUGUUAACAAUGCAAACCACCAUAGAUGAGCUAAAAAUUAGCAACUAGAAACAUGUGGCAAACCAAUACUGACCUGCAUAUAUUCUUUUUCUUCUGAAAAAAAAAAAAGAGAAAAGUUAUGUUUCAAAAAGACAGGAAUUAAUAGCAUUUCCAUUCAUUUCAAUAACCAAAGAUGAUUUGAAAUACAAGUGAUUUAAGUUACUGGUGCAGAAAAAAAUUAAACUCGUACCUCAAGGCAACCAUAGUAACUCCAACCUAUCAGGAAAUCUGGGGCAUGGAUUACAAUAAAAGGAAAACAUAUUGAUGAAUGUCAUGGCUGGGAGAAUUGCUUUUUAAAUGCCAAGUUUGAUUGCACUGUUUCUCACUUUUUCUACUGAUAUAAUUUUUGUAGAUGAAUGUACAAGUGAGCUACCAAAGGUGCCAUUUGAUUGUGUCUAUUGUAUAUUCUUCAAUGGGUAAAGCAUAAAGUAUAAAUAGUUAGGUUCUCUCAUAUUGUCAUUGUCCAACAAAAACAUGUCCAAAUUAUUUGAAUAUAAUACAAAAUGGAAAUACAGUCGUACAAACAUGCUUUUUUGUUGGACAAUUGUUUUUUUUUGGCUUGACUUUCUCUUGUGAGAGUUGACACACUACAACUUUUCAACCUCUGUUUAAUUGCUUAAUGUGUUCCAGAAAUGAUUAACUCUGGUAAAUAAAUGCAAUAAAUGCUUUGGAGAGCUUUUCAAAUAAACUGUGUUCAUUUCAAUGCCAUGUUUUAUUUCAAAUGCCAAAAACAAUAUGCUGAGGGUGAAAUGAAUACUGUAAAAAAAAAAAAAAUUAAAAACAAAGGAAAAAAAUGAGGACCAGCUCCUUUAACUUCUGCAACAGCGACGCAAUGCACGACUUCAUGCUUGAUAAAUUACACAGAACAAAAGAGAAACUCAAGUUUCAUCGACACUACAUU